UUAGUGCUGCGUGCGAGCGCAUAAUGUGUGGUGCCUUACGUGGGAAGUGUCGAUGAAUUCAAGUGAUCGGUUCUAUAGUGUUGUGACAGAGAAAACGUGAAAUAUUCCAAUUUGAAAAAUGGUGGUGGGCGCGAAGAAAGCUAUCCAGCACGUGCCGAGCAAAGGAAAGAUAUCUAUUAGGAAGUUACAGAGUUUUACUGUUAAGAAACGACAAUCUGUUAUCCGAGUGGUAUAUGGAUCUCUACUGGUUAUAUUCUCCGUGGUAUUGGCGGCAAUUAAUCCCAUUGAAGUGUUUACGAAUUGGUAUCUGGACAUACAAGAAGGAAAAUUUAUAUACAGGAUGUGGCAGAAUCCGACAUAUGAAGUUUUUUCUGACGUCUACAUCUUCAACUAUACGAACACCGAGGAAUAUCUCAACGGCGAUGCCACGCAGUUUGAGAUCGAUGAGAUUGGACCUUUUAAAUUUCAGGAGUUGAGAACAAAUGAAAAUAUGACGGUAAAUAAGGAACUCGGCGUGAUGACGAUGAAUCCGAAGAUCGUGCUGAAGUUCCUCCCGGAGCGGUCGGUGGCGCAUUACAAGGACGUGAAGAUCAUGGUGCCGAAUAUUGCGCUUAUUGCAAUCAGUACGCUUUUGGCAGAUCACAUGGGCUACUUCGCGAAUGUCGGAGCAUAUUACUCCAUAUCUGCACUUGGAUCCAAGUUGUUCAUGAAUAUGACAGCGGAAGGAUUGCUUUGGGGCUACGACGACCCUAUCGUGACGAUUGCAAGCCGGCUUCUUCCUGGCUGGAUCGACUUUGGAAAGAUUGGCAUCAUGGACAGAUUUUACGCCCAAAGAAAGGAAGAAGUUGAAGUGGAGCUGAGAAACAAAUCCCAAAGAUAUUCCAUAAAAUCUUGGAAUAAGCUGCCCGGACUUCCUGAACAAGGAUAUACUGAUUGGAAUACGAGCAUACUCUGCAACCGUGUGAAAGGAACCUACGAAGGCCUAAUGUUACCUCCGAACAUUGACAAGAGUUUGGAUCUCCCAGUGUUCAGGAAGCAAGCUUGUCGCGUCUACCCGUUCAUCUUCCAAGAGGAGAGGAAAAGUCAGUACGGAUUUAAUUUGUACCGGUACAUAAUGGACGAAGCUGCGUUCAAUAAUACUUCGCCUUACGCCUGUACGUGCAACAGCAAUUGUCUACCCGACGGCUUCGUCGACAUAAGUAGCUGUUAUUAUGGUUUUCCGAUAGCUCUAUCGAAACCGCAUUACAUGGAUACUGAUCUGGAACAACAGUCUUUCUUCAAAGGGUUCAAGCAAGACCGGCAGAAGCAUAUGUCCGUGGUUGAAAUAGAACCGAUAUUGGGAGUCCCAUUAGCCGUGACGACGAACAUUCAAGUCAACAUAGCGGUCCGGACGUCCUCUGGGAAUCCCAUCACGAAGCCUCUCAAAGACAAGGUCAUGCCGAUACUUUGGCUGUCACUGUAUUGCAAGGAGCCACCCCCAGAAGUGAUCUACCUGCUUAAUCUCCGAUUAGUUAUCGCUCCACCUCUGGUCAUCACACUUGAAGUCAUACUCUUCAUCGUCGGCUUGCUACUCGGAGUCCAGGGCGGUCAACGUCUUUGGAAACCUAAGUAUAAACUCGUCAAUACAAAAGAAAACAUUAAACGCAGGAAAUCCAGUGUCAUUUUAAAUAUGUCGGAUAAUAACGGCUUUAUCGAUGAUCAGGAGUUGGCGAAAGAAGCGGUUUCCUUACUUGCUAUCACAGAGGAGGACGGUCGUAUACCAGAUUUACUGUUAAAUGAAUAAAAUACCUAAUAUUAUACUAUUACAAAUGUAGGAUUAACAGAAUGUAUUUAUUACAAAAACCUCAAUUAUACGAGUUAAAAUGUAUCUAUAUUCUAAUUAAAAUAAGUAGAUUAUAUCAAUGUUCUUGUGAUGUGUUACUAAAAGUUACUAAUUACUACGAGCCGUUAGUGGUAUUAGUUAUAUAUAUAUAUACAGAAUUUAUUGUUAAAAUUUGACUUACGGGAAGUUUUUAAUGUGUAAUUACCAUUUUUAGACUAACCAAGGAACUACUUAAUUUAAUUAAUAUUAUGACGGGUCUCAAUAAUAAUAAUAAUUAGUUAUUUAAAUUACAUACGGACAUAGAGACGGUUGAUUGUAAUUUUUUUUUGUAGCCACCCCAUCACACAAUCUUAAAAACGAGUAUUUCUGUACUAUCAAGACGCGGUAAACGCUGUCUGUGUUUUUAAUAUUCCAACUGUCAUGGCGAUCGGUUGAACUAUAAAGUUGACGUGCAACGCCAUCUAUGUGUGUUUUUGCUCGCACACCUGCACAGAUUAAUAUGACCUGUGUAGUUGGAUUGUUCCCCUUGAGAUUUGCUGUCGUGGCCGAUCUUUAAGGAUGGCAGAAUGUAUCAACUUGCAUUUCAUAUAA